AUGCUGUCCACGGGUGCGGCGCCGAGCAAGGCAGUCGGCCUUUCGCGGACGGCCGUGAGGGGCCUCGCUACGGUUCAGGAUGGCGCCCCCAAGCGCUCCUACGGCGGCCUCAAGGACCAGGACCGCAUUUUCCAGAACCUCUACGGCCGAUACCCCGCCGAUCUGCAGAGCGCAAAGAAGAUGGGCGACUGGCACAAGACCAAGGAGAUCAUCCUCAAGGGCCAUGACUGGAUCAUUGGCGAGAUCAAGGCUUCGGGCUUGCGAGGACGAGGUGGCGCCGGCUUCCCCUCGGGCCUCAAAUGGUCUUUUAUGAACUUCAAGGACUGGGACAAGGACACCAAGCCGCGUUAUCUUGUCGUCAACGCCGACGAAGGCGAGCCCGGCACCUGCAAGGACCGAGAGAUCAUGCGCAAGGACCCGCACAAGCUCAUCGAGGGCUGCCUUGUCGCCGGCCGAGCCAUGAACGCCACGGCCGCCUACAUCUACAUCCGCGGCGAGUUUGUCCACGAAGCCGCCGUCCUCCAGGACGCAAUCAACGAGGCCCGCAAGGACGGGCUGAUAGGAAAGAACGCCUGCGGCUCUGGAUACGACUUCGACGUCUUCGUCCACCGCGGUGCCGGCGCCUACGUCUGCGGCGAAGAGACGUCUCUCAUCGAGUCGCUCGAGGGUAAACCCGGAAAGCCACGCCUCAAGCCUCCCUUCCCCGCCGCCGUCGGCCUGUUCGGAUGCCCCUCGACCGUCGCCAACGUAGAGACGGUGGCCGUGGCCCCGACCAUUUGCCGCCGCGGUGGAAGCUGGUUCGCGGGUUUCGGCCGCGAUCGGAACCAGGGCACCAAGCUGUUUUGCAUCUCUGGUCAUGUCAAUAACCCCUGCACCGUCGAGGAGGAAAUGUCCAUCUCCAUGCGCGAGCUCAUCGACAAGCACUGCGGUGGAGUGCGCGGCGGGUGGGACAACCUGCUGGCCGUCAUUCCCGGAGGCUCCUCGACCCCGAUUCUGCCCAAGCACAUCUGCGACGACCAGCUGAUGGACUUUGACGCCCUCAAGGACAGCCAGUCCGGUCUCGGAACCGCCGCCGUCAUCGUCAUGGACAAAAGCACCGACGUGGUCCGCGCCAUUGCCCGGCUGAGCCACUUUUAUCGCCAUGAGAGCUGCGGCCAAUGCACGCCCUGCCGAGAGGGCAGCAAAUGGACGGAGCAGAUCAUGUCGCGGUUCGAGAAGGGCCAAGGGCGAGAGCGGGAGAUCGACAUGCUGCAGGAACUGACAAAGCAGGUCGAAGGUCACACCAUCUGCGCCUUGGGAGAAGCGUUUGCCUGGCCCAUCCAGGGCCUCAUCCGCCACUUCCGGCCCGAGCUGGAGGCGAGGAUGCAGAGCUUCGCGAAGCAAUCGGGCGGCGCGGCGCUGGCCGGUGGCUGGGAUCACGGGGCCAGGGCCCAAGGGAAGCUGAUAUCUCCCGGGCAGUGA